AUGGAUGAAGACGAGGUCAUUUUAAAUGUUGGAGGUACAGUGUUUAUUACAUUCUGGGAAACUUUACAAAAAUAUCCAAACACAAAAUUAGGAUCCUUAACAGAAGAUUCUCCACAUUAUCGAAAGGAUAAGCAUAUUUAUUUCUUUGAUCGGAAUCCAGAGCUAUUCAAUACUAUAUUAGACUUUUAUCGUAACGACACGUUGCAUUUUCCAAAUCAUCUUUGUAGUGGACUUUGGCAUCAGGAAUUAAGAUAUUGGGGUUUAUCUAUUAGUAGUACUAUAUCAGAAUGUUGUUAUUCAACGUAUGUUAAGUACUGCAAAAACGACACUAUCAUUCAAAAUUUACGGAAGGCAUUAGACACGGGUUCGACUGAGGAAUUAGAUCGCUGGGAUUUAGAAAAUAGUAGUAGUGAAGAAUACAUUUCAACCGAACAUGUUAAAGGAAUUAGAGUUCGUGUUUGGAACUUCUUAUCCGAACCUAGGUCAUCAACUCAAGCUAAGAUUUAUAAUGGUUUCUACUUCACAGUUGUAUUUUUGUCAGCUUUAUCCACAUUGUUGAUAACCAUGCCAGAACUACGAUCAGAUAACAGAAAAUUCCCAUCUUACAACAUCUCUGAUGUCAUCAGGUUUCUACAACUGGACGAACAUAACACAAAACAAAUGAUACUCGAAACAAGGGAGAUACCCGAAUGGUUAAUGCUGUUCGAUCUAUUUUUAGCCUUUUACUUCGCCAUCGAAUUUUUAUUUCGCGUCUGUUUUUGUCCUGAUAAAUGGUUGUUUUUCAAGGAUUGGUUGAAUAUUUUGGAUGCUUUACUAUUCACCGCUAUAAUGGUUCGUGUCAUGGUGGAUAGAAACCCAGGAUGGUUUUUAUCACAAAAUUCAAACAUUAUUUUACCGUUGUACAAAAUCUGUAAUUGCAUCACUGUAUUCAGAAUAUUCCGAUUUCUUCGUUUGGCAAAACAAUUUAGCGGUCUUUAUGUUUUAGUUUUAGCACUAAAGGCAAGCUGGAAAGAAUUAAUGCUGUUUUUCUUCACGAUUUUAUUAUUUGCACUUUUGUUUGCUAAUUGUAUAUUUUAUGCAGAAAUGCAGGAAACGACCACCUUUCCUAACUUGCUAUACGGUCUUUGGUGGGCUAUAAUUACCUUGACGACCGUUGGUUAUGGGGAUCAUGUGCCAAAGUCACCGAUUGGUCAGGUCAUUGGGUCAUUUUGCGCUAUAUGUGGAAUAAUUGUUUUAGCAAUGCCAGUUGCAAUGAUUGUUGCAAAUUUCAACGAAUAUUAUCAGAGAAAUAGAGAUCGGCAACAAUUUAUGAGGCUUAAGAUUAUUGAGAAGAAGAAAACUCUUAUUUCAAUAUAGAAGAAAUCGAU